AUACACAUCCCCCCCCCCACACCAAAAAAACCAAAACCCUAACUCCCUAGCAAGUAGCGCACGGCGCCACGGCCUGACGUCUGACCAGCGACGGCGAAACAGCGAGGCAGCCACAUUUCCGGCGAGGCGGCGACCGCAUCUGCGCAUCAGGCGGCGACCGCAUCUGCGCAUCAGGCGGCAUCAACGCAUAUAUCAUUCUAUCUAACUGUGUGCAAGAUUAGAAGAAAAUUACACAAUUUUACUGAAAAAUUCAGGAAAUAAUGCCGUCGUUGCAAACUUCUUUACCUCCAGAACUUGCCAACAAUGUCAUAAGACUUUAUCGGGAAUGCCUCCGAAGAGCAAAAUAUAUUGGUAGUAAGCAACAUAACACAGAGCUUUUGGUUGGUAUGGUGAGGCAACAAUUCAAAAAACACGUACAUGAGACAGAUCCAGAGAAGAUCCAGAAACUAAAGGAUGAUGCGGCAAGGGGACUUAUAAAUCACAUAUUAUAUGAGUCAGAAAGGUUAUCUGGUCGUAAGUUCAGCAAAAUAUAUUAUGCAUUGAAGAUUAUGAUCCAUCUCAUGGUUUUCAUCAUCUUUCCGUUGAGUACGUUGUAA